AUGUCGACCAAGUGCAUUUCUUGUAAACAGCCAGCUAGAGCCUGUCAAGAAGGUCUCCACUGUGAUGGUUGUGCCCGUUGGCAACACCGCAAGUGUGACACCGGAGUGUGCCAGUCUGAUUACCGCGAUGCAGUCAAAAACGGUACUUCAAUUGACUGGCGCUGUUCUACAUGCGACUUCGUUGAGCCGUUCCCUCUUGGUGAAAGCACUCCUGUUAAGUUCGUGUCCGCUGUCUACGAUUCAGCUUCUGCUCAGUCUGUCGACAUCGCAUCCGACCUACCUGCAGCUGACCCUAUUCAAGAUUCAGCCGCAGGGCCAGACCUGCCGCCAGAAGCGCAAGUUGAGACAACCUACCAACUCGUUCUGGAGGGCACCAUACGGGGGAAAAUGAAACUGGUAACCAACACCGGCUGCUUGUUUAACAUCAGAAAAAGACGGCCCAACGGAACCAUCGACUGGCAGUGUAUCGUGCCCCGAAAAGACCACCGGUGUAAAGCGUCUGUGAUCCAGCGAGACGGUGUCUUCUUUCCGGGAUUGCAUGGUAACAACCAACCAGGUGAAUUUGGUGUCCUGGCAUCAACCCAGAUCCAGUCGCGCGUGAAAAAGGUAGCACGAGAGAAUUUGUUCCGGCCGGCUUUAGCUUUUGUAAACGAAGUGUUGCUGGAGGAGCAGAUAGAUCAAAAUCCAUGCCUUUCCCUCCCAAAACUAGAGAACAUGGCCAGAGCCGAAAAUCGACUCAGACAGAAACUUCCACCGACCGACCUGGAGUUCGAGAUCUCCGAAGAAAACAUCCCCACUGGGUUCCCUAAGGCCGACAUUUGCAGCCGUAGCAAGUGCCACUUGGUGUUCGCAACCAAUCAGCAACUCCAGCAGCUUGUCCAAGCAAAAAAUUGGUAAGUAGAUGGCACCUUCAAACUCUGUGCCAGCCAGCCCUUCAGUCAGCUGUUUACUAUCAACGCCUUUGUGAAGAGCGGCGAGCAGGCGAAACAAGUCCCUCUUCUGUUUGUCGUGAUGUCCGGAAAAAGGAAACGGGACUACCGUGCUGUUCUACGAGAGGUGUUGAAUCUCCUUCGCUCGCCACCAGCGGUCAGAAAGAUAACAAAAGAAAUGAGCUGA